AAAACACACACACACACACACACACACACACACACACACACACACACUGGCUCUGUCUCAGCUACGUAGUGUGUGUAGCUCUGAAAGUGAGCUGGAUGAUGAACUGAGCAGCAGAUAAGACAAACAUAUUUAACAGGAAAGCGUCACGGACCCGAUUUCAAUGAUUGGGUGAUGUGAAAAAAUCCCGAUCGGAGGGAUCUUUCUGGGCCGAGUGGGCUUGAAGUGGAGGAGCAGGACUUUUUCGUGCCUGUCGGUGCUCACGCUGGCCAUCAGAUGACCAAGUUGUGAAAAGUCGAUCUGCGCUGUCCUUGCAGUUUUUUCGCCUCGGGACUUCAUAUUUAACAUCAUGGCUGUCUCGUCCUCCUGCUCCAAUCUCCUGCUCCUUCUCCUAAUUUCCUCCCUGGAUUGGCUGUCCACACCAGGAUCUGCAUUUAUGAUGGGCUGGGACCACAUGACAUCAUCAGCUCCCCUUGAACCUCAUUUCACUGAAUGCAUAUCGAGGGACCAGGAGACAUUCCGAUGUUGGUGGAGUCCAGGCAGCUUCAACAACCUGUCCUCCCCUGGAGCACUCAGAGUCUUCUACAUUAAGAAAGACUCACCCAGCAGUGAAUGGAAAGAGUGUCCAGAGUAUAUCCAUUCAAACAGGGAGUGCUUCUUUGACGUAAACCACACAUCUGUUUGGAUCCCCUACUGCAUGCAGCUCCGCAGCCUAAACAACAUCACUUACUUCAAUGAGGAUGACUGUUUCACUGUGGAGAAUAUCGUGCGUCCUGACCCACCAGUGUCUUUAAACUGGACCCUGCUGAAUAUAAGUCCCUCUGGACUAAGUUUUGAUGUUAUGGUCAACUGGGAGCCCCCACCCUCUGCAGACGUCAGUGCAGGCUGGAUGCGCAUUGAGUAUGAGAUCCAGUACAGAGAGAGAAAUACCACAAACUGGGAAGCAUUGGAGAUUCAGCCGCACACCCAGCAGACUAUCUAUGGUCUGCACAUAGGAAAAGAGUAUGAAGUGCACAUCCGCUGCAGGAUGCAGGCCUUCACAAAGUUUGGAGAGUUCAGCGACUCCAUCUUCAUUCAAGUGACUGAGGUUCCCGGCAAAGAGUCUACUUUCCCACUCAUGCUUGUUCUUGUUUUUGGGGUUGUGGGGAUCCUCAUACUCAUCAUGCUAGUUGUCGUCUCUCAGCAGCACAGAUUAAUGAUGAUUCUGUUGCCACCGGUUCCUGUGCCCAAAAUUAAAGGCAUCGAUCCGGAGCUGUUAAAGAAAGGAAAGUUGAACGAGCUGAAUUUUAUCCUGAGCGGUGGUGGUAUGGGUGGCCUACCAACAUAUGCACCAGAUUUCUACCAAGACGAGCCCUGGGUGGAAUUCAUCGAGGUGGAUGCUGAGGAUGCAGAUGCCGGAGAGAAGGAGGACAACCAGGGCUCAGACACCCAGAAGCUCCUGGGUCUGCUACAACCCGUCAGCCACCACAUGAACAUAGGAUGUGCCAAUGUCAUCAGCUUCCCUGAUGAUGAUUCAGGCCGUGCCAGCUGUUAUGACCCAGAUCUGCCUGAGCAAGACACCCUAAUGAUGAUGGCCACUCUGCUGCCAGGCCAACCCGAAGACAGAGAUGCCUCUUUCGAUGUUGUAGAAAGAGUCCCGGCGCCGGUCAGUGGGGAGCGGCCCCUCGUCCAAACCCAAACUGGAGGGGCCCAGACCUGGGUUAACACAGACUUCUAUGCUCAGGUCAGCAAUGUGAUGCCCUCUGGAGGAGUGGUGCUGUCGCCUGGCCAGCAACUCAGAAUUCAGGAGAGCACCUCAGCCACAGACGGGGAAACACAAAAGAAGGGGAACGAACGCAAGGACACGGAGGAAAAGACACAGAAGGAGCUGCAGUUUCAGCUGCUGGUCGUGGAUCCUGAAGGAAGCGGCUACACCACGGAGAUCAACGCCCGGCAGAUCAGCACUCCCCCUAGCUCCCCUAUGCCUGGUGAGGGGUAUCAAACCAUACACUCUCCGCCAGUGGAGACCAAACCUGCAGCCACAGCAGAGGAUAAUCAAUCACCUUACAUUCUUCCUGACUCUCCCCAGUCCCAGUUCUUUGCCCCUGUUGCAGACUACACAGUAGUACAGGAGGUGGGCAGUCAACACAGUCUGCUCCUCAACCCGCCUCCCCGCCAGUCUCCACCUCCCUGCCUGCCACAGCAACCCCUUAAGGCCUUACCGGCUAUGCCCGUAGGGUACAUCACCCCAGACCUGCUGGGGAACCUCUCACCAUGAAAUCACAAUGCCAUUAGGCCUUUAGGUGUGAGGUUGAAUGACCGGGAAGUCCCCUGUGGUCACAAAUGCCUGUUUCUACCUGAUUCCUGCUGGAAACCAAAUAAUUUGCAUGGAUGAGAGAGUACAGGUGUUUGUUUUCAGAGGGCGUUAAAAGGGAGACGUGAAGCGCCACACGCUGUAUUCUUGACUCUUUUACGGCCGCUCCAUCAAAUGAUUUGAUGCAGAGGCGGCCAAAUGUAAACGUCACAAACCAAAUGCACAGUUUGCUCUAUUUGUUGCAAUUCAUGCAGAAGACACACACACAUUAAUAGGCUGAGACUGUGAUCGUAGUGAGUCAAGAAGCAUUAGCUCACUGCUAAACUGCCUUGGAUCGCAUUACACCUCUGGCUAACUUGUGUUUAGAGUAAUGGCAUUGAUGAAGUCUUAAUCUUACAGAGAGAUGUCAGCGUAUGCUUGCUUGGGAGAAGACACAUUCUAGUCAUGUAUUUCACACCACACUGAGAAGAAGUAAUUGCUGUUGUCGAUACCUCUUGCUGGCAGAGGUGUUUUGCCGCUCAAUUGUGGCUUAUUUUGUAUUCUUACAUUUCUUAUCGCAUCAUGUCAUCUUAUUAGUACUUCACUAGAGAUAUAUUUUUAUACAAAAAGGCAUUAGCUAAAGGAAAAAACCCAACCUAAGAUACAGUUGAAACACAGCUAUGCAGUUUUACCGUGCAUUCCUGGCUUCAUUUUGUUUAACAGUAUGCUUUACAUAUUUUCAUGAAUAAGUGGCCCAGUGUAGAUUAUAUGAUGUCAAGAUAUAUUUUCUCUACAGCCACAACAGAGUUUAAUAGAAGACAUACUUUCAACAAAGCAUACAUUAUAAAUGUACACACACAGAUGAUAAGUAGUUGGGACAAAAAUAUACAGACAAAUAACACAUACUAAUAGUAUUAUAUCUCCUUCCUUCCUUGGGGGAUAUUGAAAGGCAUUCUGGGAAAUGAAGGAAAUCAUUAACUGAAGUAGAAGUAAAAGUGACAAAUAAAAGGGAAAUUCCUCAUUUCAUCAUAAAGGAAUUCCUGGCAUGCAUUGAAUAUUACAUAUUCAUUUUAUUCUGACAUGCAUACUGACAUACAUACUGCAUCACUUUCACAGCUUAACAGAAGCUCUUGUAAUAAGAGGAAGGAUUUAUUCAGACUCAUUGACUGCUGGGAGCCGCUCAGUACAAACAGUGUAGUGUAGUACACUGAGAACCACAAAGUGCCUUGCUCAAGGGCACAUUAAUAUAGUUAUUUAGCACAUGAGAAAGGACACAGACACACACACACACACACACACACACACACACACACACACACACACACACAGCAGUUCAGAGAAACCAGAUAUUGCAGCGAACUAGCACUCACUCAUAACCUGUCACUCAAACUGAACCCUUAAUGAGUAAGCUUUCUACUUGAGAGUAUUCUUCUCAUGUUACAUUGUUAUUGCAGGGAAAGCAACUGGAACAAGUUGAAAGACUGUGAAAGUAUGUGAUAGCUGUAAUUAGCUAACAUUGUAUUCUUAUUAUCAGCCUGUGCCUAUAUGAUAGUGUCAUUGGCUCGUCAUUUCUGUGCUGAAGUAUGCUCUCGUAAACAGGAUUUGUGCAUUUAUGCCUUGCUAUGUACAGGCAAGUAGCGCUACGUAUCGCUGAAUUGGUGUAAAGCCUCUCUGUGCAGAGAUUCACUACAACAUGCAUGAACACAGUAACAUACAUGCUGGCACACAUUACAUGAAAAACAUUUGCCUUAAUUGACAUUUCAUUUUGAAUUCCUGACACAGUCAUAAAAUGAAUGAGCUGAAAAUUGUCUCUGAAUAAUUGUAGGGGUGAAAUUCUUUCCUGAGCCCUCUAAGCUGUAAUUCACACAUUUCCACCAUGCUCGUAAAAGUGACCACAAUGUCCAAACCGAAAAUGAUGAUCAAGUACGCAAUUAAGCUGAGCAAGUACUGAAAGUUCAGUUCCAAGUUCUGGUUUGAUAGAGUAACAAAUAAAUAGACUGUAGAUAAGCCUUAAGUGGCCAAUAUGUGUGUGUAAUGGAUUACUAAUUACUUUGCCCCAUACUUUUAUUAGAAUAAAACUAAAUUUAGGACUAAAUUUAGGACAUUAUCAGUCAGAAUCUGUUGCUUAAUCAAUUAUUUAGUCAGAUUAUCUAGUAGUGUAAUCUUGUCCUUGAUUCAUUGACAGUAUAAUCUUGUAAUAAUCAGUCAUGGCUGUGUGGGUGAGAGGAUAGCAGAGGAGACCUUUUGUAAAGGUUUUAAGCUCUUCAUAUGUUUUCAUCCAAUUAAUUCUGUUAUAAAGGCUUUGACAAUAUGCAUGUGACACACACAGCAGCAUAGCAUACUGCAUAAAAGAAGCUUAGGUCAAUAGAGGUUGUGCAAGGUUUUGUGAUACAACACAAUGAAUUUUCAUUUCAACAAGUCAACGAAUGAGUCAGAAGCAUUGUUAUUGCAUCAAGGCAGCCUCAGAUAGUCACAUCACACAAUAAACAAAACAUAAUUCACAAACACACCUUGCCUUUAAUAGUUUUUUUUGUAUCAGACAAUCUCAUAAUGAAGAGAGACAAAGCAAGAGCCAUACAAUGACAAUGUUUAGAAAUGUGAAUAUGAUAGAUGUGUGCCAUUUCUCUCUUUCUGUCUCUCUUUUUUGAAAAAAAAAAAGCUCAGUGUUUUGUUGUUGCCUAGUGCUGAUGAUACCAGCAAGUCAAUGCUGUUGCAGAAAUGUCUUAAUAUAUUUACUAGUGCUGUAAGAUUUCAUAUUAUAUAUUUUUUAUGUCAUUAAUGUUACUAGUAUGUAUUGCUGCUCGGUACAUGUCUUUUUCUUACAUUCAGCCUUACUAGGGUGGGAAGGGGUCAUUCAAGAGAGUGCAACAAUCACUAUUGUGUACGUGUAAAUGUUUGUGAUAAAACCUGCAAAUUGGAUGAUACUGAAAAUGUUCUGUUGCCUGGAAGAAAUGGGAGGGUAUGAUUUGGUUCAGCUAUCCGUUAUCAGUAGCGACAAUAGGACAGUUUUGCCCCAAAGUCAAGCUGCAAUACAGCGACCUUGUGAUGCUCAUCCAACAUUCACAGUGUUUACGACCAUCCAACGAUCCCCAGAAGGCUCUGUGUGAUUAUGGACAAAGCACUGUUAAGGUUCCAUUUCAUUGGUACCGCGGUGAUUGUGUAUGUGUGCAAACUGGUAUAGGCAAUGCAAUUAUGAUUUACCAUUGAGGAAAAGUUGUAGAGGGAAAAAAAAAGGUUAAAUCAGUGAAAGUGUUUUUUUUUUUCAGAGGUUACAGCAAAGGAAGAUAAAUUGGUAGGUGCUUUUUUGUUCAAGCUUACUGCACAGGUGUUUACUACAUUGUGUCUGCAUUUUUUUUUUUUUUUUUUUGCCAGUUCACAAUGAGCUCAUUCUUAAUGUGUAAAAGUUUGCAACUGUUAUUUCAAGCUUAUAAAUAUUUCAGACACUUUAGAGCAAGCACUUUGUACACACAUAUAUAUCUGAUGUUUAAGAUAGUGUUCAGAUUUUGUAUUUUGGACUAGAUCAAGUCUAUGAAUUACCUGUUAUUAUAAAACAGCAUUAUGUUUUUUAUUCAGCAAAAUAAUCAGACAAUGAGGAUCCUUCAAUAUCAAUAAGCUUAAGUUUGGUUCUACAGAGUUUAUGUUUAUAGGACAUAUUUUACACUACCAGAUUGAUAGAAUUAUGUACUGUAAUGGAGUAUUUAAUGUUUGCUAUAAGAUUUAUGGAUAAAUAGAGCAGAUAGAUAUAGUAUUUUAUGAAGUCAUAUCAAAAUAUAGGCAGAGUGAAAUAGUUAUACUGUAACUCUACACUCUUAAAUUUCUCCCACUAUGUGAUUACUGCAUUUCAUUAUUGAAAAGUGCAUUUGAAGGGGCUACAGUGUUUUAUAAUAAUGUAUUUUGGCCUCCAGCUUCUUGGUUUUGCGUAGGUUCAAGGGUGGCUUUUGUCGCUCUGUUAAGCCUGGAAGUAAUCUUGAGUGCUGAAAUUUGUGCUGGUUGUAUGCGACUCUUUAUCAAACAAAGAGAGUUCAGCCAGACAUUUUUCAGCUUGUUGGGGAAAUUGUUUAAUUAUUGACUUGAGUACAGCAUAUACCUGGUUUUUUAUCACUAAGUUCAGUGGCUCCGCUCUGUAAUUUCUAUUCACAUGUUAUUUAUUUGUCUGUUUAGAGCUCUCAGAUCACCCCACCACCUUAGCUGACAACAGUGGAUGGGGCAGCAUGAGUAGUGUGUGCACUGUUAUUGUCUGACGUGUCAUUCAGACUUAUAAAACAAAAAAUGUACAAUUUAGAAUUGGAAACAGCUGCAUUGCGGUUGCUUGUGUGGAAAACCCUAGCACCAUAAUUGAUCCGUUUUCAUUGGCUUCAUUAACGGAUGAGCGACUUUGCUCCAUUAUUGUGCCUCAAUCAUAUUUUCACACCAUCUUGACCUUGGAGCCACUGUUCUUGUCUGUUGGCUGCUGUUUUACUCAAGGCCAAGAACUGUGUUGAUCUUUGAUGAUUUGAUAUUGUUCAGUUGAGCCUUUCUGGUGUUGUAUGUGUGAUCAAUAAGCUUUUCAACAAGUUACACAAUAAAUGUAUGUAUGUGGCAUCUCAA